AUGAAUUCUACAGAAGCAAUAAAUGAAUUUAUAAACAAUAAUUUGAGAAGUGAUUACUCAUACCAUAGCAGAAUACUUUCAAGUCAUAGUAACGAGGCAUUCACAAGCGGAGGAUAAGUAGCAGGAGGAAUAGUUGGUACUAUAUAUGUAUUCGCUUUUAUCUACUACCUUUCUGUGAAGUUUUUUAAUCAUAUCAUAGAAGAUAUAGUUUAUUUAGUGAAUUAUAAAGAAGAAGAAGAUAAGGAAAUAUAUAGACCUCUAGUUUAUUGUGUCUUGAAUUCAAUACCUGUUUUAGCUUUUGCUAUGUGUUGUGUUAUCAGAACUGAUUAUGAUUCUGGAAUAAUGUUAAUAUUCAGUACUGAUAUGAUAAAUAUAUUCCUAAUUUAUGGCUUAAUUCUUAUUUUAGUUAUUUUACCUGUUAAGAAAGAAGGUAGUGAUAUUGAUGGAUGGUAACUUCUACGUGAUUCUAUUUGGUAUUGUGUUGGUUUAUCUCUGUUUAUUAUAUUUUUAUUCGAAAACCUUGUAACUUGGUGGGCUGGUUUAGUAAUGAUAUGCUACUAUUUCAGUCAUAUAAUCCUUUAAUCAUACAAUGAGACUAUUAGAGAAGAAAUGUUCUUAUUAGUUGGUCUUAAGCACGAAGACGAUUUAUUCAAUGCUGAUGAAUAAGCUAGGUAAAAGAAAAGAAGAAUAUCAAUUACAGAACUUUCAUAUAAAAAUUGUGUUGAUAAGACAGAUGAAGAACUUUAAAAGAAAAUUAGAAGAAUGGAUGCUUUGAUUCGUGUCAAAUAUAAAGAUUAAUAGAAGAAAAAAGAUGUAUACACAAAGUGGUAAGUUGCUGUUUACACAGUUAUUUUUGCAAUCCGUAAUAAACACAAAGAUGAAAAAAAUUAAAGAAGCAUCAAUUAUGCAAAAUUAUUUGCUCCUGUUAAAAAUUGUUCUUUGCCUUCUGAUCAAUAGUCUUAGUAAGAAUUUGAAUAAAAAUAAAUUUAGAAUGAAGUAAAUGAAGAAGAUGUAUUAAUUCGUAAGGAAGGAGGAGGUGAUAUAGAAGAUUAAGCUGAGUCAAAAAAACCUAACUCAGAAAGAAAAAUUAAGAAUGAUGAUGCUGAGUCAGAAAAUAUGGAUAAUUUUAGUAACAAAUUUGGAAAUGGCUACUAAUAGCAAUUAAAAGAUAACUAAUCAGAAAAAGAUGUAAAGCCAAAUUUGAUGAUGAAUGAAGACCCAUAAAUGAUUUAAAUGAUGGAUAAUUAAUAUGAUGAUGUAUUUGGUUAAUAAGAAAAGUUCCAAGUUAGCUUAGCGUUUCCUUCUCAUCCUUUCGACAUAUUCUGCUACAUAAUUUUCUUCCCAAUCCAUUUAAUAAUAUAUCUGUUACCAAAUUACCACUUAAAUCCCUCUCACAGAAAACUAGCUGGUAGCUUCUUGGUAAAUAUGGUUAUUAUAUGUGCUUUGAUGGUAUGUCUCUAAUACUUAAUUGAUAAUAUUGCUGGAUAUCUGUUCUAUUCUCAUAAUUCAGUUUUAAGUAUUUCUGUUACAGGAUUAUUUUUGCAACUCCCUUUCUUCAUAUAUAAUUACUAAUUUGCUAAAAAGGAAAAAGAUCCAGUAGACUUUUUGUUAACCUUUUUACAGUUAGGAAUAUUUAAAUUAGGUAUCGUAUUAGGCAUAGUUUGCAUUGUUAGCUCAAUUGCUAAUGUAAGUUCUAAUGUAAAUGUAGUUUUUCAUUAAUAUUUCAAAGUCAUAUUACUGAUAAUGAUUGGAAUAGUAAUUGGAAAUAUUAUUGUUCUUAAUGCAAAUUCCCUUAAAGCAAAUAAAAAUGUUAGUAGAUACCUUGUAGUGGGGUAUGCUAUAUUUUUUAUAUCAUCUAUAAUUCUUUUAGCAGUUUGA